AUGUCAGUGGGUUGGUUUCCUGUGAAGAGGUGUCUGCUGUCCUCCAUGCCCAUCGCCGAUGGGAUGAUGGUGCCACACGUGGCGGAUGUGUUGUCCACUGAGCUGCUCAUCCGCAAACUGCCCUUCCAGCGCCUGGUGAGAGAAAUCGACCAGGACUUCAAGACCGACCUGCGCUUCCAGAGUUCCGCCGUGAUGGCCCUGCAGGAGGCUAGAGAGGCUUACCUGGUCGGCCUAUUCGAGGACACCAACCUGUACGCCAUCCAUGCCAAGAGGUUGACCAUCAUGUCCAAGGACAUCCAGCUGGCCCACCGUAUUCACGGAGAGUGCCCUUAA